AUGGAUGGCCGCUCAAAUAUCCCCUAUUUGUCUGAAGAUAUUGUCAACUCGAUCUUGUUAAAGCUUCCUGUGAAAUCCCUUUCACGAUUCAAAAGUUGCUGCAAAUCAUGGCAUUGUUGUAUUGAUGACGCCGACUUUAUCAAGUCACAUCUACGUAACUCAUCUGUUAAUAUUAGUGGUCAAAAAUUUUUCUUGGUUCGUUUUAUUCCAUCUCUACGUACGGGACCAACACCCAAAUAUGAAUUUAUGUCAACGGAAGCAUCAAUUAAUGCUGAUUCAAAAGUUGUGUAUCUGAAUAUCCCAGAAUUCUGUUUUAACUAUUUAUGUUUACAAGUGUUUUCAUGUAGUGGUUUGGUCUUAACGACGUCAUACAAUCCUGGCUAUAGCAUGACAUUAUUCAAUCCUGCAAUUGGAAAAUACAAACUCAUUCCGAAUUCUCUGAAUAAAAAUCGUUGUUUGACGACAUCUCCAAUAUUUGGUUUUGCCUAUGAUUUUGUGGCUGAAGAUUACAAGGUUAUAUGUGCACAUUGCUUGACAAACAAAUACUUCAACGUUGCUGAAGUAUACUCUAUUAAAAAUCAAUGUUGGAGAACAAUUCACAAUACUUUUCCUGCUUCUCACCGGUUCCUAGACGAUGAUCAAGUUUCAUUAAACGGUGUCAUUCACAGGAUGUCAUUGAAAAGGGCAGUUAUAUCAUUCCAUGUAGUAGAUGAAAAAUUUAUUGUAACGCCAGUGCCAAAAACAUAUGGGGAAAUGCCGACAUUACAUGCAUUGGGUGAUGGCGUUUGUGUUUUUACAACGGUUGGCAAGGAAAAUUUGAUUUGGUCGUUGGAGAAAGAUAGGUGGAAUUGUAUCAACAAGUUUCCUACUUUACACUCACUCCUUGGAAUGCCUAUAUGGUCAGAUCUUAAUUCCUUCCCAGCAGGUAUCUUCCUAUUUGUUAAUGAGAACGGGAACAUACUAUGGAGAAAGAAUGAUUGUUCUUUUAUUGAGUAUGACCUGCGAAAAAAUGAAUAUACUGAAUUUAAAUCACCACAAAUUCCUAAUUUCGGGAGAAUUAAGACUUUGUAUGUGGAAAGUUUAGUUUCCUUGAAGAUUUCAUGGGAUUGA